AUGAGGCCCUUCGUGAUCGAAGGUCGUUCUGAGUCAUCCAUCACCAGUUGGGGUCCACGUCGUGAACUCGUCGGUUCAGAGCAGCCUCGCUGCCGGUCGCCGGUCGCCAGUGCAAUGACUCGACCGCCUUUCUUGCGAGGCGAUGUUAACCGGCCCGGCCGAGCCGUCCUGCGCAGUUACGACAAGCACGACAAAUGCGGGCUGGUGUGGAUCCCGCGGGUCGUGGCCUACCGCUGUCGGACAUGCGGCAUAUCGCCCUGCAUGAGCAUCUGUCGGGAGUGUUUCCACCGAGGAGACCACUCCACACACGACUUCAACAUGUUCCUGUCACAGGCCGGCGGGGCCUGCGACUGUGGGGACAACUCAGUCAUGAAGGAGGACGGUUUCUGUAGUAACCAUGGCAACAAGUGUCCCCACCCCGGGAUCGCGCCCGCCGAGCUCAUGUGUGUGGCCGAGGCCAUGAUGCCCAGGCUCAUACUGAGGCUGCUGCAGCACUUCAGGGAGAACAGUACGGGCGCCGCUAACUCCGAUAACUACCGGGUGGCGGUCCAGGAGUGUGAGGGGUACGUGCAGAUGUUGAUGGAGUUCAACAACAUGGGCGACCUCAUGAGGUCCGCUAUGACCAAGGCGCUCAUCAAUCCGCAGAUGUACCGCAACCUGGUGUCAGCUCCGCAACCCGACACGGACUACGGUCGUUACAUGACAGAAUCCAACAGAGUGUAUGAGAAGGCGAUCGAUUCCUUCCCAGCUCCGGAGCCACCUGACGAAUACCGCCACCUGCCAGCCCUAGCUCCCAGGUUACAACACAACACGCUCCUCGAUGAGUUCAUAUUCUGGACGUUCAAAUAUGAGUUCCCACAAAACGUCGUCUGUUUCCUGCUGAACAUGUUACCGGACCAGGAUUACAAGGAGCACCUGACCCGCACGUUCGUGAUGCACUACGCCCGCAUCCCGCUGGUGCUGGAGAGCUCGGCGGACCCCGACACGCUGUCCAACCGCGUGGUGCACAUGUCCGUGCAGCUGUUCUCCAACGAGGCGCUGGCGCUGCGCUGCGUGCAGCAGCUGCACCUGCUGCACGUGAUGGUGCUGUCGCUGCGGGUCAUGAUGGGCAGGAUCCUGGUGCAGAACACGCUGCACGACCCCGACCGCAACUUCCACUACGUCAUCGACUGCACCAAGCGCGUCAUGAAGGAGCACUGCUACUGGCCGCUCGUGUCCGACUUCAACAACGUGCUGUCCCACAAGAGCGUGGCGCUCAUGUUCCUGCAGGACGACUCGCUCGUCGACAUGUGGUUCGAGUUCCUUUCCAUGCUGCAAGGUAUGAACGUCAACAUCCGUGAGACCGGCGGCCACAUAGAGUUCGAGCCGUCCUCGUAUUACGCGGCGUUCUCGUGUGAGCUAGAGGCGGCCGCGUACCCCAUGUGGAGCGUGCUGGGGCACUUGGGGGACCCCUCGCACGCGCCGCUCGCCCGCAGGAUGCUGGCUGCUGCCCUGGGGUACUUGCGGGACUGGCUGGACGCUGUUAACUGCACCGCACCCGCUCAGCCCAGACAACACCCGGCGGAGUCUAUGCACGCGUCGUUCCACUUCCCCCUCCACCGCUACCUGUCGGCCUUCCUGUGUGCGGGGGUCCGCUGUAUGGGCAUCAGGGCCGCGGACGUGUUACCGCCGCCGGACAUGCUGGCCCUGCUCGCCGCGCAUCCACUCAGAGUACAGGUACGUACACACUAUACGACACACUGGUAG